AAGCAGCUGUUCGAAGCUGUUGACUUCAUGCAUCAGCAUGGCGUGGCGCACCUGGAUCUGAAGCCUCCAAAUAUCCUCCUUCCCACUGACGGCGGCCGCCUGUCUAUCAUCGACUUCAACAGAUCCGUGCGCGUCAAAGGCACUGAACACAUGUUCCGCGGCGUCGUUGGAACCACCGGAUAUCUUGCGCCUGAAGUUGCGGCUGGUCAAGGCCUCUAUAGCGCAAUCCGUGCAGAUUUGUGGUCCUGUGGAAAGGCAUUGGAG